CUAACUCCAAAACCAUGGCGGCUAGCAUCUGCUCCUCCUUCAACAAUGACAUGGUCAUAGAUAUUCUUGCCAGACUACCGGUCAAAACCCUCCUUCGUUUCAAAUCUGUUUCUAAACCCAUGCUCUCCGUCAUCACCAACCCUAGAUUUAUCACCUCCCAUCUACACCAAUCCACCAAAAACUCCUCCCUCGUAUUUCAUUUUUCUCACGAUGAGUUCCCCAUAUCAAUGCUCUACUACACUGAACCUACCACUCUCCGUGUCGUGCAUAUACCACCAUCUAUGAAGGAUCAUUCUCUCAAACCACGUAUACGUAUUAAGGGUUCCUGUGGCGGUUUGCUAUUCAUGGAAAUCUACUUUGGUUGCUGUAUGUUUCAUUAUGGUUUUUGGAAUCCUGCUACCAGACAGUUCAAGAAAGUUACAGGGCCCCAGCAGUGUAUAAAUCUUCUUGCUGAAGGGUUUGGCUAUGGCAGCAAGAUUAAUGACUAUAAGUUAGUCAGAAUUGGGUAUUUCUUGCACCCUCGCACUCUAAUAACUCGUUACGAUAGAAGGCGAGUGGAUUCUGUUGUUCGAGCUUUGGUGUUCUCUUGGAAAACAGAUUCUUGGAGAACAGUUGAAGACGGUGCGCUGCUUGGCGGUCGCUUUAGCGAUGCUGUUGCUGUGAAGGGUGAAUUGUGUUGGAAGGUAAGUGGAGUAGAAAAUUUGGCCAACGAAGUAGUCCUUGCAUUUGAUUCUGACACUGAUACGUUUAGAAGGAUAGAGCUGCCGGGUUUGAAUCAAUCGAGUCCGAACUAUUCGAUGACUAUCACUGGAUUCAAGGAUUCUCUCGGACUCUUUGUAUUUCUCGAAGGUAGUUCAAACUCAAGUUUUGAUCUAUGGGUGCUGAAUGAGAGUAGAAUGGGUGGUAAUAACAAGAGCUGGAGUAAGUUGCUUACUGUUGGGCCAAUGUCAAGAAUUGGAUGGCCAAUAUCGGCAUGGAGAGGCAAAAUAAUCCUGAAGAGCCCGAAUGAAAAAGAUGGUUUUUUCUUGUAUGAUCCAAUUAGCCAAGAAGUCAUUGAUGUUCCAAUAUCAAGUUCUGGAGCUUAUGAUUAUGCGGAGACUCUAGCUUCAGUUGAUGGAACAUCCAAUCUUAUGCUGGAGGAUGCCCCUCUCUGAGUUUGUGAUGCAGAUUACGAUAUUUUGUGAUGCAGCUAGCCUUCCUAUAAGGGGAAGGUAGGUCAAGGGCCUAGCCUUGCAUGCAUCAACGCUAAGGUAUCUCUCUUUUUCUAUAUUUUCCCUCGAUUUUUCCUAGAAAGAAAAACCCUCCAUCUGUAGAGAUUAAUUCUGCUGAUAUCUGUGAUCAGUGGAAAUUGAUAAUUCCACUUGGAAUUCGUAGCCAAUAUGAUGGA